GUCAACAAAACACACUUAUACAUCUAUAUAAUACAGUUGAAAAAUUGAAUAGAGCCUUGAACAAUUUAUAAGAAACUAGAAAAUGGCUCUAAAAUACUCGUUUUCCUUGGUUCCCUACAUGCUGCUUCUCUCGUCCCUGUUCGCUGCCGGGGUGGCCACAAUCACCCACGGAGAGCUGCUGUCUUCGAUGAUCGGAGUUCAAGGUCUCAUCUAUUGUAAACAAGGAUCUAAACUUACCCCUAUCCAAGGUGCGGUGGCGAGAGUAACUUGCGAGACGGCGGACGAAUAUGGUUACGAGGGAGAGGAUGUGACGGUGCUUAGCCAAGCGACGGAUGCGAAGGGUUACUUCCUGGCGACGCUUUCUCCGUCGGAGGUGAAGGACUAUCAGAAGGUGAGGAUCAAAGAGUGCAGAGCCUUUGUUGAGCUUUCUCCGGCUGACACGUGUUCUUUUCCGACGGAGAUCAACCGUGGGAUCAGCGGAGCCAUUCUCCAGAAAUAUCGUCUCCUUGAAAACAAGAUUAAGAUGAAGCUCUUCACCGUUGGCCCUUUCGUCUUCUCGCCUGAGGAAACUGAUCACGACAAGUCUAUCCCCAACGGCUACUAAAUUUAACAC